GGUGGCACUGACUGGCACUGAUGGGUGACACUGAAAGGCAGCUCAGAUGGGCACUGAUAUGUGGCAUUGAUGUGCACUGGAGGGCACUGAUAUGUGGCAUUGAUGUGGCACUGAUGGGCACUGGCACGUGGCACUGUUCAGCACGGACAGCUGGCACUGAUGGACACUGACAGAUGGCACUUCUGGGACCACACUGAUCAUCAGGGCACACUGAUCAUCAGUGCCCUGAUGAUCACUGUCAGCGUGACGGCUCG